ACACCCCGGUUUCCUUCUAUUCAAUGGUAUAUUUCUGGUUCCCUCCAUUAUAAAAACGAUGGCGGGAACUAAAGUCUAACUCCUCCAAAAGUCCCGCCAACCCCAAAAUCUCCCUACCUCUCCUUUUAAAACCCUAGUCGCCACCUCUCACUUACUCUUGCCCACACGAUCUUUGGAAACAAAACCCUAACCCUAAUCCUAAUUUGAAGGAAAAAAAAACAGCCAAAAUGUUGGAGCUAAGGUUGGUGCAAGGAUCAUUGCUAAAGAAGGUUUUAGAUUCAAUCAAGGACUUAGUGAACGAUGCCAACUUCGACUGUUCAUCGACGGGAUUCUCCCUUCAGGCAAUGGAUUCGAGCCACGUGGCACUUGUGGCACUGCUUCUAAGAUCGGAGGGUUUUGAGCAUUAUCGAUGUGACCGUAAUAUCUCAAUGGGGAUGAAUCUGAAUAAUAUGUCUAAAAUGUUGAGGUGCUCUGGUAACGACGACAUCAUCACUAUCAAAGCUGACGAUGGCAGUGAUACCGUCACUUUCAUGUUUGAAAGUCCCACACAAGAUAAAAUUUCGGAUUUCGAGAUGAAGCUCAUGGACAUUGACAGUGAGCACCUAGGAAUUCCUGAGGCAGAAUAUCAUGCUAUUGUCAGGAUGCCAUCAGCUGAGUUUGCAAAAAUUUGUAAAGAUCUUGGAAGCAUUGGGGAUACUGUUGUUAUAUCUGUUACAAAGGAAGGAGUAAAGUUCUCCACAAGGGGUGAUAUUGGGACUGCUAAUAUUGUUGUCAGGCAGAAUACUACAGUAGAUAAGCCAGAAGAAGCCACCAUCAUUGAGAUGAAUGAACCAGUGUCCUUGACAUUUGCUCUGAGAUACAUGAACUCCUUCACCAAGGCAACUCCAUUGUCAAGCACAGUUACAAUCAGCUUGUCUUCUGAACUGCCUGUUGUGGUGGAGUACAAGAUUGCUGAAAUGGGUUAUAUCAGAUUCUACUUGGCUCCUAAGAUCGAAGAGGAUGAGGAUGAAACUAAGCCCGAAGUUUAAUUCUACUUUGUCAUUUUAUGUUCACUGAAAGCACACUCCUUGAGGUUUUGAUUAUGGUGCUUGUCAUUUUGGUCGAUAUUUACCUGUAAAAACCUCAUCAUGUGGUAGUUUGUAGAAUCCUUAAAUUUUCUUUUAGUGCUAAGAUUUUUAGGUACUAUUUUGUGAGAAACAAGUGACCUUUUUCUAUCAAUGUUCAUAGAAUCCUUCUUAUUAAUGAAUUAGUUCUGCUCA